AUGCAGUUGACCUAUGAAAAGCUGCCCAAGGACCCCGUUUAUGCCUCUAUAUCCCAUUUUACCGUCAAGAACUCCAAAUUCUCCCAGUGGCAAAAGGACAAAACUGACUAUUACAGCCAUGCUAAUUUGGUGGAUAAGGCAUUGAAGCUCUUGAAGGAAAGAAUAAUAAGAGGGGAUGCCACGGCAUAUUUCCUGCGAGGUCAACUCUAUUUUGAAGAGGGAUGGUAUGAAGAAGCAUUGGAACAGUUUGAAGAAAUCAAGGAACAAGAUCAUCAAGCAACUUACCAGCUGGGCGUAAUGUAUUAUGAUGGGCUGGGGACCGCUGAAAACGCUGGAAAAGGAGUGGACUAUAUGAAGCAAAUAAUUAAUUCUCCAUGUCCCAAAGCAAGACACUUGCAAUUUGCAGCUGCUUACAACCUUGGAAGAGCUUAUUACGAAGGAAAAGGCGUUAGCCGAUCGAUGGAGGAAGCUGAGAGACUUUGGCUUAUUGCUGCGGACAAUGGAAAUCCUAAGGCCAGCGUGAAGGCUCAAAGCAUCCUAGGGUUGUAUUAUUCAACGAAAGAACCCAAGGAGCUAGAAAAGGCAUUCUUCUGGCACUCGGAAGCCUGUGGCAACGGGAGCCUGGAGUCCCAGGGCGCGCUGGGGCUCAUGUACUUGUAUGGCCAGGGCAUCCCCCAGGACACGGAGGCCGCGCUGCACUGCCUGCGGGAAGCCUCGGAGCGCGGGAACGUCUACGCCCAGGGCAACCUGGUGGAGUACUACUACAACAUGAAGUUCUUCACCAAGUGCAUGGCCUUUUCCAAAAGGAUUGCCGACUACGAUGAGGUGCACAACAUCUCGACCAUAGCCCAGGUCACGGACUGUCUCCCCGAGUUCAUCAGCAGAGGCAUGGCCAUGGCCGCCUUCUACCACGCCCGGUGUCUGCAGCUUGGCUUGGGGACCAUAAAGGAUGAAGCAACCGCUAACCAAUAUUAUUCUAAAGCUUGUCGUCUGGAUCCUGCAUUGGCAGAUGAACUUCACUCUUUACUUAUUCACCAAAGAAUUUAG